AUGCCUGCCGAUUUUGUUCACACUAGAAAAUAUGUCGUGCAUGGAAAGGCGCAUUUUGUACUAGGAUUUUGCUUCUUGUCUCUUAGCGAGUUUAGUUUUUCUAUUUUGCCGGAGAAUGGUAAUUCAAGGCAAAGGUUGCCUUCUUCUGAAGUGCUAGAGCACCGAGUUUCAGGGUCAGGUGGGGACACCUUCAGCGCCAGUUCCAUCACCAAGAUUACCGCGCUGGAUGAGAUCUUUAUUUUACUUGGAUUCUUCUUAGAUAUUGCGCUUGGGGAGGCUGUUAUUGUGUUUUCCGCUCGUAAUGAGUAUUUAGGUGAGCACUUGGGCGGACAAAAGCCUUUGGGCUUUUUUGUGAGGGUACCUGGCUAUCGAAUUGAUGAAUCGGACUAUCUUGCACAAGACGGGAAGAGAGGCAUUGAUCAAGAAUUCUAUAUGAAAGGAUACGGAUCAUAG